AUGCGGUCAGACGAUGAAUCUGUGAAGACAAAGGCUGUCCGUCUGUGCAGAAAAUCUCUGUCAGUGACGAAAGAUCCUCCAAUUGAUGAAUUUUGCAAGAGAGGAGUUAUCAGUAUUCUCAUUCCAAUGUUGAGCUCUACACAAACGAUUGGGAAUCUGGUAGCUGGGAGUGAUGCUCAAACACAAGCUGUUCUUGAUGCUGGUUUGUUAGAUUACAUUCCAGCCUUGUUGAAUAACGAGAAGUCGACCGUUGUCAAGGAGGCAUGCUGGCUUGUGAGCAAUGUAACAGCGGGUAACGUGCACCAGGUAGACCUGGUAAUCAAACAUGGCGUGUUACCAUGCAUCUUAGAGAUAUUUCACAAGGGUGAAUACAAAGCACAGAAAGAAGCCUGUUGGGUGAUCAGUAAUAUAAUAACCGGUGGGACAACGGAGCAAUGCGCCUACCUACUUAAUCUCCCUAUCUUCAAGGCUUUGAAGAAUCUCCUUUCAGUCUCAGAUGUUAAAGUCAUCCUCAUGACUCUGGAAAUCAUCACGAAGCUCCUUGAGGUGUCUGAUCAAUAUGGCCAGUUGGAGCCUGUGUGUAUCGAGCUGGAGACGUAUCACAGUAACCAGCAGGUGUACCAAGCUGCGUAUAACUUGAUUGAGAAGUACUUCAAUGAUGGGGAUGACGACGAAAAGCAGGACGAGAAUGUUCUCCAUGAUGGUACAUGUAGCACCGCAGUGUCAGCCAACUCAGAGGAAGAAUUCCGGUUUAUUCCACCUGAUUCCACUUUGGGAAAAGAUGGCGACUUUCAGUUUUGA